AAAUGAAUUCAUGACGUCAUGUACCGCGCAUCCACCAAGUGACUAAGCCAACGCAAUUUUUUUGGAUCCGGUUGGAAAAAGCUUUAAAAGUGAGGACAGUUGUCAGUUGUUUCAGAAUUAAAUGAAGAAACAUCUUUGAAGAGCCAUUUUGAAGAAAAACACUUCAGAUAACCCACCAAAGUUGCGAAAAUGAACCAGAUUUUCAUAGGAAUUCUAAUUACACUAGUAACGUACUGCUUAUUCCGAACCGAGGCAUUCUAUAUCAGCGAAGAUGACAAAAUGGAUUUGGACCCUCAUUAUAGAGAUGUCCUUGACCUAGAUUCUGGAACAAAUGCUGGGCUACGAAAAUUAUUACUUAAGAAACUACGAUUUAGAGAUGUACUAAAAGAACACAUGAAACCGCCAGAGGAAAUUCUCGAAGCUACGAAUGAAGAAGCUGAUAAUAAAGCAAAACAUAAAGCGGCUAAGAGACAUAAGAUGGAGGAUUUAAUGUCACGUGUCCAGGCAUACCUGAGUCAUAUGAAAGAACGACAAAUCAAAGAGUCUAUGUCAUUACCCAGUCUAAGGUUCGGACGGUCCGGUUUUAACUGGAGGGACAUACAAUAACUGUGAUAGAAGACGAUAUUUUGAACCUAGUCAAACUAAAUUAUUUAUUUUUCUGUCUUAUAAUUAUGCGUUUUCAAUAAUUCAAUAGGAUAUACGCUGUCCGACACAGUUACCCGAAAAGUACGUUGAAAUAUAAACACGAAGCAAAUUACGUCUCGUGCAAACAAAAGAAAGAUCAUUACGGAGACCAUUUAGAUGACAAUUAUAUCGGUAAAACAGAAUAAAACAUUAACGCUUCCAUUACAAUAUGUUAUAGAAAAGGAAGAGAUUGUUAGUCUUGACGUAAAGUUAGUAACAAUGACAGCAGAGUGAAAGCGUCCGAACUUGUUUAGGUAUAUUUAAUUAGAUAUGAACACGACACUCAAAAAUGAUGACUACACUUCAAUUUCAUCGACAGUUAAAAAAGCCUUAUUAUUAAUUUGAAAAUUAAGGAGUGAAAAUAACACAAUAUUGUGUUUAGAUAGUUUUUCCAACUACGUUUAUUCUACAUUAGAAUCAAACCAAAUAUGUGAAUGUAAAAUACAGUAUUCCAGAAAAUGAUCACAAGUUACCAACUGACUUUAUUAAUCAUUCAAUUUUUUAUUUGUACUUGAAAAAUCUCUAAUACAUAUUAUGUUCGACAGCUCAAAUAAAGGUUUGCUUUCAAAAUUUUGUUCUGUUUUUAUAAACGAUAGUUUAUUAAACCUUUUAUUAACAUUAUUAUCAUUACUUAUUCUUCGAAAACAACACACAAUUUUGUUAUAAAGAUCUCGAAAAAUAAAGUGACAAAACAGA